GAGGAGGAGGAGGAGGAGGAGGAGAUGGAAUCCCCCAAUUCUGCCUCAGGGGUGUUCUGCAAUCGGAUUCUCAGCAUGGUGAAUUCAGAGGAUGUAAAUGCCAUUAUUCAGGCCCAGAAGAACAUGCUGGACCGAUUUGAGAAAACCAAUGAAAUGCUCUUGAAUUUUAAUAACCUUUCCAACGUCCGCAUGCAGCAGAUGAGUGAGCGUUUCACACACCACACCAGGACGCUGAUGGAGAUGAAGAAGGACUUGGACAGCAUCUUCCGCAGGCUUAGGACUCUAAAAACAAAGCUGUCAAAGCAAUACCCAGAUGCUUUUAAUCAUAUCCAUGAGUCUCCCAUCCUGGAGGAGGAAGAUGAUGAUGUGGACCCUGUUCUGGCCAGCUCAGCUACCACCAUCGCUACCUCAGAGCAGAGUACAGGGUCGUGUGACACGAGCCCAGACAUCAUCUCCCCCGUCCUGAGCCCCGAUUUUGAAGAUUUAUCCCAGGGUCGGCUGGACUCCCCAGCUAUGAAUGGAGAAAGUCUGACAGGUGAUGAUGAUGACGAUGAUGGUGGUGGUGAGGGGGCCCAGGAGUAGGAGGGCCUCCCCUCUGCCCCAGGUCUCAAGGAGUCAGGGCACUGAACAGUGCCUUCCAGCACCCUGGAAAUGUGGUCCUGGCUGGUCACAGAUCUGGGGGAGACCGCUCCGGAAAGGAUUCUGCUCUGACCCUGGUUCGAAGCCAGGGGUGGGGGGCAGCCCAGCCCUGGGAGAUGGCCACUUUGUGGGUUUCCCCAGCUUUUGUUGCUAAGGCUUUACUGCUGGUGUCUUUCUUGCCAAAUCCCUUUCCUCCUUGGGUCCCAACCCCAGCUUCUGCACAUUAUAACGCCAAGCCUGGCUUUUUUGGGGCCUCUACUUCUUGGGAUGCCACGGGUUUGUUCUGAGCUCUGUGAGGAGGAAGGCUCACGGCCUUGUCUUCUGGCCUUCUCCGGCCCCAGCUCAGACUCAUUUCCAAGGAUUCAGGGAAGUGGUUUCUCUUAAAACCCAGAGCCAGGCCUGGGCCUAUAAUUGUGCUUACACAAAACCUCCUCCCCAGGAGACACACACACACACACUCACUCUCUCUCUCUCUCUCUCUCUCUCACACACACACGCAAGCAUGUACCACACAUUCCCCCAGCUUGUACCCUGACUCUCUUCGAUGUAUUCCCACCAGCCCCCCAGAUACUUAGCACAGGAAGCAUCAAGCAUUUUCUUCUGUUGGCACCCUUAGGGCUUUUUUGAAACCAUUAAUGUUUGAGAUGGAGAUUCAGAGGAAGCGGUUUAUUUUCACGGACAGUAUUUGAGCAGAGACCAGCCACCACCUGUUUCCCCACUGAGAGAGGAGAAGGUACCCCCAAGUCGCUGCCUCCUCUUCCACUCCCCUCCUCAGGGCCCUCAGCCCAGUGGGUAGGGACAUCUUUGAAAAUAAAAGUUUAAUUGACUAUUUUUGUACCCUAAGUUUACACAUACUAUGGGGGAAAUAAAUAAAAUUCUCUGUUGCUAUGAGGGUCAGUCUAAA